AUGGCUGAUACACUUUCACCGUGGGAUCGUAUCAAUCGUUUUUACCACAUCACCCGUAAACCUAUCCAUCUCUUCGUCGCGUAUCACGCUGAUGCGGCUGCCGCCUCCCUCACCCUCACGUCCCUGCUAAAGGCGUGCUUCAUUCCCUUCAACCUCCAUCCUAUCGCCGAGUAUGCCGAGGCUCGGGAUAUUAUUCAGCGCACGAGCCUCGCUCAGGAUGCAGAGCUGCAGGUUGGCGAUGCAGCACCCGUAGAUGAAUUAUUUCUUCUCAUUGGACUUGGUGCUUCAGUGGCGUUAUUCUCUUUCUUCGACUUGCAGCGGCACAUUGUUUUGGUUCUUGAUUCAUAUCGACCGUUUCUAUUGGAAAAUUUACGUGCAUGCGACAGCGAUCGAUUGGUGAUAUGGGGACAAGAAAAAAUUCACGAGGAAGUAGAUGAUUUCUUUCGUACUCAGCGUGAGCAAGAGAAGGCACGUCGCCGACGCCGCCGUAGACGCCAAAUGCACCGUAGAAGAGUCCGUCAGCAUGCUGAAGGGGAUGUUGAGGAAGAUGAAGUUAGCGAUGAGGCAAGCAGUAGCGACGACGACGACGAUGAUGAGAAUGACGACGAGUAUGGUGAUGAUGAUGAGAUGACUCCCUCGCAAAGUCAGGAGCGGCUCGACUGGUUGAGAGAAGAUGUUCCCGCACAUUUGGAACGACUGUAUUAUGCUGCGGAGUGUGCUGGGAAGAGCUGUGCGCUAGAGAUGUACGACUUGGCGAUACUGUUGAAUCGUGUUAAGGAACCUGUGUUGUGGCAUGCUGCAUUGGGUGUAUGUGACUUAUUUAAGCGUCGUCUGGUGGAUUAUGGCACGUAUAUUACAGACAUGCGUCGAAUCCACAAUGAAGUGAAGCUGCGCAAAGGCAUCCGUCACGGGCUUCUUGACGACCUAACCAAUGAUACAGUCAACCGGUACCACAAACAGGUCUCAUCUAGCAACACUAUGCAGCUCUCUAGUUUAGAAGAAGAUCAACUUUUCUUACUGCGACACCUUUCAUUGUGGAACGCCAUGUGGCUCCAUCCCGUUGUUGCUGGUCUACUUUCCCUGCAUCGCGUGGAAGAGGGUUUGGGAACCCUCCGCCAGCUGUUGGCUCGCUGCGGUGUGUCAGCCAAGGUUGCCCAACAACCAUGGCGGGAGCUUCCAGACGAUGUGAAAAAAGACUCAUGCCAACUAGUACGUAACGAACUCAAGCAACUGCUGCGCACGCGGGGUAGUUUUAUUAAAAACCCGAUACAAAUUCAAUGCGUGGCGCGCACAACAGGUUACAGUGUUGAAGUAUCUACGUUUGAUAUCUGCACACUGUUCACAGCAUUGCUAUCGGCCGCGCCACCAAGCACCAUAUACACCACGUCGAAGGAUGAAACUACCAUGAAGGAAAAGUUGAGGGAGUUCCGCCGUGAACAAUUCUGGCGCGCCCACGACAUAAUAGACGCUGACCCCAAUUCUCCAGCAUUUGGAGCAGCUGUAAAAGAGGCUCAGGCUCUACAUGAGUCGGUGGCAACGGCUACAAGUGCACUAAUGCAACCCGGAAUGAUGCAAAGCACCAAAGGGAUUCAUUAUACACAACCUGCCGACCCGACGAACACAUCAACCGCAUUGGAGACUUUCGGUUGUCCAUUUCGUCUCGGUGUAUUAGUUGAGAGACUGCUCUACACCUUGACUGUUGAGCGCGGGCUUGGGAAGUACACACGUGAUGUGCGGCCUGUACUCCUGUCAUGUUACAUUCCUCGGUUUACUGCUGCUCCAGAGCAACAACAACAGCAGCAGCAACAUCAGCAGCAACAACAACAAGCAGAACAUUCCUUUAUUGUGGUGUUCGCUCACGAGGGUCCCAUCACGGCUGGACUUACGCCACUUAUUCCCGUUGUUCGUUGGAAUGACUGCGUAACUGACACAGAAGAAUUUCUUGUACCCCCGCUCCGGGAUUUCGUUAGACGGGACGCAGUUGUUGUGGAGGGGCGAGAAUCUACUGCACACUUAGCGGAGAUGUUGCACCUUCACUCCCUCGCUGGCGGGCGCUGA